AUACAAACUUAUUUUGAAAUGACCAAAUGAAGUAGUCUGCAGAUAUUGACACAGGGGAGAGUGAAGAGGUACACAAAAUAUGGAUAACGUUGAAAGAGAUCAUCACUAUACAGAAGUGACAGAAAAUAUUGCUCCUGCACACGAACAGCACGAAGUGACUCGUGAUGUGCCAGUACUUACAACACGUCGUUUGAGAGAUCGAACACUUCUGAAGAAAAGAAAAGAGGAAGCCCAAGAAAAAAAUACUUUCCUGUGGGUUUUUGGGGAGCAACCCAGGAGCAAACGUUCACGUAAAGCAAAUGGUCGUGGAAAGAGGAAGCAUCAAGUUAAAGAACUUGAGCCUGAGCCUGAGCCUGAGCCUGAGCUUAAACCAGAAUUUCAUCCAGAGCCAGAACUACAUGCAGAGCCUGAGGUUUCACACGAGCAUACAGAGUUUGUUCAGGAACACUCGGAGCAUCAAGAAGAUCCAGCCUUAACGGUGACUGAAAACGUGACGCUUAUUAUACACGAGGAAGAAGAUGAUCAAGUGCCACACUUCAGUGCACCUUCCAACACAGUUGAAGAUGUUGUACCGGAGGCCAAAAUUGAGCCGGUUGUUGAAGCACCUGAAGAUCUAACUUUCCCUUUGGAUGUCGAACAAGAAAAGCAACAAUAUUAUACUGCAUUGCUUUGAAGUGUAUUACCUGUAAAAUUAUGUUCUUACUGAAGACAUCAAGCAGACACUGCAUGAAAUAUGUAUAAAGAUCCUGCCUGGCAAUGACUGUUUGCCACAAGAAAUGUUGUGAUCUUGCUAAAACACCAAACACCAUUCCUACUUGCAAUCCAUACUCUGUCUAAAUCAGUUAGUCAGUUGGCUAAUAGAGUCAAUUUAUUCCUACAAUGGAGACGUUCAUUCCUGCACAUUUUUAAUUCUAUAUGACUCUUGAAGCCGAAAUGACAGAGUGGUGUGGCAUAUGUUUAGACAACAAGUAUAAACCGUCAUAUUCAUUUAUCUUCUGUGUAUAUUGCUGAAUAAAAUUUUAGUUUGGUUUAAUAUA